UACCAGUAUCAGUAGAUGAUACUGGAGAUCUGUGGAGGUGCGAUCGCACCCUGCCUGACGGGAGAUGUCUCCCGUGACUAAACAAUAAACUGAACCUAUCAUAAAGAAGAACGACGACCAUUGACCGUCUAGUGCUCCAACAGAGUGUAACUGUAAUUAACAAUGCUCAAGUCCUGACCAACAGUCAAAUAUUAAUCCAUCAGCCACGAAGCAGAGCGUCUCCCAACAUCAACUCUAGUGCAAGGUCCUGUUGAAAAAAUUUUUCCGAUUUUACAUAGGUUUACCGUGACAGACACUAACAAUAGUAGCCUUGAAGAGGAAAGGAAAUCGGCAGAUUGUCGAAGGUUUGCCUUGAUAUUUUCCAGCUAUACAGUACUUUAAAAGAAAAGUUAACAGAUGUUUGACUUUUAUCCUUCUGUUUCACCAAUAUUUACCAACCAUCGGGAUGAAUACUUAUAUGACACAAACUAGACAUAUUAGUAUGAAAAAGAACUAACAAUUCUCCAAAUAGUAGGACGUGAUUCAGUUUUCAUGGAUAUAUUCAUUUUCGGGUGUUCGACUUCAGUUUGGAAAUAUGAAAAGGCACAGUUUGGUGCAUUCAGAUGAUAAAGCUUUAUGACAUUAAUUACAAAUGGCAUAAGAAAGAAGCAAAUAUUAGUUAUAUUUAGAACCUAUAACAGAAAAUAAUUUAAGUAAAACAGUUGAUAUAAAAAGCUGUAUAUAAUUAAAAGUUGUUAGUUUCAUCGCAAUGAAUGUAAACAUGUGAUCAUUCGUUCAAAAACAAUAACACACGUGAUCCUAGAUUUUGCAGUCAUCGGGAGAACAAAUCCUUCAUGCAAACUGCACCUACUAUCAAGAAGAAGAAGAUCCUAGAUUUGGGCAUGGUAGAUGAUACAGAAAGCAGUACAAUGUCUGUCACAAAUCCUUUUACUGCGGCAGCAUUAAGACCACAAGUCAGUAGAAUAAAUAUGCCUGGAAGAUCGACCCCAGCCAGCAUACUAGCAGAUUCGUUCUUGGCUCCUGAAAACUAUCUUUACUUACCAGAUGUACCAAGAAUAACUCCGGACAAUAAUGAUGAAGGUCUCCAGACACUAGCAAUUUUAGCUAAAGAGAACCUUCAUCGUGAAUAUUUUAAAAUAAACUCGGCUCUCCAGAAAAAAUGUGAAUAUAUGAAGCGAAGUUUAAAUAUUGAGGACCUAAAUUAUCUGAAGCCUUCAAACAAGAAAGGAAAAGGAGAAAAUUACUGCAGGAUUAUUGAAAUCAAUCAAACACAACGUUCAAACUUAUCAGAAGGCAAAUGUUGUGUACAAUGUAGAAGUUGUGAGGCAAGCAUAAAAUGUGAAGACUGCUUUCAUUUUUUGUGUCAUAAAUGUGAUCAGCAGCAGCAUUUUGUAAUGCCUUUCCACCAGCGAUUCUGCUGGAAAAAUGGGUUCUUCGAGCCUUUAGACCCAACACAAACUGUGUGUUCAGAUGGGAAUGUCAUUCACUGGAAGCCUGUUGUACCAGCACAUCCACCUAAUUCCUGCCCAAACUGCAGUGAGAGCAAGUUCACAACUUUAAGCUCCAAUAAUUUGUGCAUCUUUGUAACUUUAAGUGGUAGGUUACUUUAAGAAACAUUUAUUUGAUACUAGUAUUGGUAGCUGGCAUUGCUCAGGUGACCCAGGCUACAGUCUUCAUCAAUAUAACCAUUUAUACUUCACUCUCUUUACCACUGUAUCUUCACUUAUGAAGACGUAUUUAUAUCACAUACGUAUUUAUAACCAUACAGAGACUUGUUUAUGGGUUGGUUUACACAUAUAUUGAUAGCCACACUUGAAUCCCUUGCCAAAUAAAAUUGUUUUACUU